CCGCCCCCUCCCCUUGACGUGGCGGAGUCGGCACCCGCCGUGUCUGCCGGGUCGAGGUCCUUCUGGAGCCGGGGGUGGGGCGGCGCCGCCCCUGAUUGCGGUGCCACGGCAGCUACUGCGGGCGGAGAGGAUUGACUGCCAGGCCGGCGCAGAGCUCGUCGGAGCAUUUCUGUGGCUUCUGCCUCAUCCUCCCUGGUGCUGAGAUUACAAGAAUACACCACGAAAUAAGAAUCAAGCUCUACAAUGACAAUGACAACUUAUUUGGAAUUUAUUCAACAAAAUGAAGAACGAGAUGGUGUCCGGUUCAGUUGGAAUGUUUGGCCAUCUAGUCGACUGGAAGCUACGAGGAUGGUUGUUCCAGUGGCAGCCUUGUUUACACCUCUAAGGGAGAGACCUGACUUACCACCCAUCCAAUAUGAGCCUGUUCUGUGCAGUAGGACUACUUGCCGUGCAGUUUUGAAUCCUUUAUGUCAAGUGGAUUAUCGAGCAAAACUCUGGGCUUGCAACUUUUGUUACCAAAGGAAUCAGUUCCCACCUACGUAUGCUGGAAUAUCUGAAAUGAAUCAGCCUGCUGAACUUUUACCUCAGUUUUCUAGCAUUGAAUAUGUAGUUCUGCGUGGCCCUCAGAUGCCUUUGAUAUUCCUCUAUGUGGUUGAUACCUGCAUGGAAGAUGAAGAUUUACAAGCACUGAAAGAAUCCAUGCAGAUGUCAUUAAGUCUUUUACCACCCACGGCUCUGGUUGGGCUUAUUACUUUUGGGAGAAUGGUGCAGGUUCAUGAACUUGGAUGUGAAGGAAUUUCAAAAAGCUAUGUUUUCAGAGGAACAAAAGAUCUGUCUGCCAAACAACUACAGGAAAUGCUGGGGCUCUCUAAAGUACCAGUUACUCAAGCCACACGUGGUCCUCAGGUACAGCAGCCACCUCCUUCCAAUAGAUUCUUACAGCCUGUACAGAAGAUAGAUAUGAAUCUCACAGAUCUUCUCGGAGAACUUCAACGAGACCCAUGGCCUGUACCACAAGGAAAGAGACCUUUGCGUUCCUCAGGAGUAGCACUUUCCAUAGCUGUAGGAUUACUUGAGUGUACUUUUCCUAACACUGGUGCUCGUAUAAUGAUGUUCAUUGGUGGCCCUGCUACCCAGGGGCCUGGAAUGGUGGUUGGAGAUGAAUUGAAGACACCUAUAAGAUCCUGGCAUGACAUUGAGAAAGACAAUGCCAAAUAUGUCAAAAAGGGAACUAAGCACUUUGAAGCAUUGGCUAAUCGAGCUGCUACAACUGGGCAUGUAAUUGAUAUCUACGCAUGUGCAUUAGAUCAGACAGGCCUCAUGGAGAUGAAAUGCUGUCCUAAUCUCACUGGAGGAUACAUGGUAAUGGGUGACUCUUUCAACACUUCCUUAUUUAAGCAAACUUUUCAAAGAGUCUUCACCAAAGAUAUACAUGGACAGUUUAAAAUGGGCUUUGGUGGCACAUUAGAGAUAAAGACUUCAAGGGAAAUAAAGAUUUCAGGAGCUAUUGGACCCUGUGUAUCUCUUAAUUCUAAAGGACCUUGUGUGUCUGAAAAUGAGAUAGGAACGGGUGGCACUUGUCAGUGGAAGAUAUGUGGACUCAGUCCCACUACAACCUUAUCCAUAUAUUUUGAAGUUGUUAAUCAGCAUAAUGCUCCAAUUCCUCAAGGAGGACGAGGUGCAAUCCAGUUUGUGACCCAGUAUCAGCAUUCAAGUGGGCAGAGACGCAUCCGGGUAACCACAAUUGCUAGGAACUGGGCAGAUGCACAAACUCAAAUCCAAAACAUUGCCGCAUCAUUUGACCAGGAAGCAGCUGCCAUUCUUAUGGCCCGACUGGCGGUGUAUAGAGCAGAAACAGAGGAAGGGCCUGAUGUGCUUAGAUGGCUGGACAGACAGCUCAUUCGACUGUGUCAGAAAUUUGGAGAGUAUCACAAAGAUGAUCCAAGUUCCUUCAGGUUUUCAGAAACUUUUUCCCUUUACCCACAGUUUAUGUUUCAUUUAAGAAGAUCUCCUUUCUUACAAGUUUUUAAUAAUAGUCCUGAUGAGAGUUCAUAUUAUCGUCACCAUUUCAUGCGUCAAGACCUGACACAGUCUCUAAUCAUGAUUCAGCCUAUUCUGUAUGCAUAUUCCUUUAGUGGCCCACCAGAGCCAGUUCUCCUUGACAGCAGCAGCAUUCUUGCAGACCGCAUUCUUCUGAUGGACACCUUCUUCCAGAUUCUGAUUUACCACGGUGAGACUAUAGCACAGUGGAGGAAGUCAGGAUACCAGGACAUGCCAGAAUAUGAAAAUUUCCGGCACCUUCUACAAGCCCCAGUGGAUGAUGCACAGGAGAUUCUUCACUCCAGAUUUCCAAUGCCAAGAUACAUUGACACUGAGCAUGGCGGCAGCCAGGCACGUUUCCUCCUUUCCAAAGUCAACCCUUCACAGACUCAUAAUAAUAUGUAUGCCUGGGGUCAGGAGUCAGGAGCACCUAUCCUCACAGAUGAUGUUAGUUUACAAGUGUUUAUGGAUCAUUUGAAGAAACUUGCUGUGUCAAGUGCUGCUUGA